AUGAAUAUGUCGUUCGCGAGCAUUGUGAGUCGUGAAGUUAAAAAGAAUGUCGAAGUCAUUGGAAGCGGGGUUAAGACUGUUCAAAAAACAUUGAAUGAUGUCAGCGACUUGAAGACGGGAGAAAGCAAUUUAAUAAUGGAUCGACUAGUUGAGGAGACUACAGAUGCUACUCUUCGUCAUGUGGGGUUGAAUCAUGAUUUAACGAUUGAACAGCGAAAAGAAAUCAAAACCCUGACAGAUGAGGCAAAGUUGAAGGAAAACUUGGACAAAGAAGAGAGAAAGACGAGCGGCAGAAAAAUCAAGGACUUCGAUCAAAAAGACGAAAAACUCAUAUUAGACACUGUUCUUUAUAGCGAAGAAGAACAAAGUGGUGAUGAAAAGGUUGAUGUUGAAUACAAACCAGAUUACGACAAAGAUAAACCUCACAUGAUCACGCAGGGAGAACUUAGUGAUCUGGUAAGGGACCUUGGGUUAACUAAAAAUAAAGCAGAACUCCUGGGGUCUAGAUUACAGCAAUGGAAUUUACUGGACAGAGGAACUAAAAUAUCCCAUUUUCGUGACCGGCACACCGAAUUUGCAAAAUUUUACAACAAAGAGGACAAUAUAUGUUACUGUGUAGACAUUGCUGGAUUAAUGACAAAAUUGGAUGAUGAGUAUGAUCCUGUAGAUUGGCGUCUGUUUAUUGAUUCUAGUAAAGUCAGUCUAAAAGCAGUUCUGCUACAUAACGGAAAUGUUAAACCAUCCAUUCCUGUAGCCCAUGCAGUGGUUAUGAAAGAAACAUAUGAAUCUAUGAAGACACUUCUUAAAGUUAUAAAGUACACUGAUCACAACUGGGAUAUCAGUGGGGAUCUCAAAGUUGUUGCUCUUCUUCUUGGGAUGCAAUUGGGGUACACGAAACACAUGGGCUUUUUGUGUCUGUGGAACAGUCGUGAUGAUGCAAAUCACUAUCUCGUCAAAGACUGGCCUGCGAGAAUUGAUCCGGUACCUGGACAAUUUAACAUUCUUCACGAAUCGUUGGUGAAUCCUGACAAAAUCUUCCUUCCUCCUCUUCAUAUCAAAUUAGGAAUAUUUAAAAACUUUGUCAAGGCGCUACCUACUGAUUCGAAAGGAUUUAUUUAUCUUAAAGAUAAAUUCAAAACCACUCUCACAAACGCAAAGAUAGCUGCAGGAGUUUUUACUGGACCACAGAUACGUGAAGUUAUUCGUGACCCAAAUUUCAAAUUACAACUAGAGCCUGUGGAGUUGCUGGCUUGGAAAGCGUUUGUGGCACUGGUUCAGAAUUUUUUAGGAAACCACAGAUCAGAAGACUAUGUGAACUUGGUAGAAAACUUCAUAAUGGUAUACCAAAACAUGGGUUGUAGAAUGUCCCUAAAAAUCCAUUUCCUCCAUUCCCACCUUAGCUUCUUUCCUGCCAAUUUAGGAGCUGUCAGUGAUGAACAGGGAGAAAGAUUUCAUCAAGAAAUCUCUGUUAUGGAACACCGGUAUCAGGGUCGUUUUGAUAGUAACACGAUGGGGGAUUUCUGUUGGUUUCUACAGCGUGAAAGUGAAAGUCAAUAUAAACGCAAAAGAUCAUUAUCGACAAAUUAUUCUUAUUAA